AUGGCACACUACGGCAGUCGUAUCGCCGACUACAUCGAGAAGCACACGAAUGCACUAGCAGCGGAUAUCCGAGAUGCCAUCGACCACGCAAGCUGGAUCCCUGACUCUCUGCGGCCUCCUCGACAACCAGGCGGAGGCCCCGGCACCUUCUUUGCGCGCCCGCCGCCGCCUCCACAGGGUCUCGUUGAGAAGACUGGGGCGUGGAUAUCCCAGAACCGCACGGCGAUCGCAGUAGUGGUGGCGUUCGCGGGCACGUCGAUAUACCUGAUCCACCGGCGGAAGAAGGAACAUGCACGAAAGAGAAGGGCGAGGAAGUUGCCAAAUGGGGCCAAGAAGGAGAUUGUGGUUCUGGCGUGCUCGACGUUCCACGACCCCUUGACACGGUCGUUGGCGCUGGAUCUCGAGCGGCGAGGCUACGUCGUCUAUGUCACCGUCUCGUCGACCGAGGAAGACUCGCUGGUCCAACAGGAAGCAAAGGCCGACCUGCGUCCGCUCUGGAUCGACCUGACUUCCACGGUCCCCAAUCCCGCGGUCGACGUGCAUCCCAACUUGGAGCCGAUCCGCGAGUUACUCAAGAAGUCAUCCUCACCCGCUUCGUCACCGCACCGCAAUCGCUCGGCGCAAGGUUCCUCGAUGGGGAACAUGACGCUGGCCGGAAUCGUUGUGUUCCCCGGAUGUUCAGGAUACCCGGAAGGACCUCUGGCGCUGCUCCCACCCAGCGACCUGGUCGACAGCAUCAACACACGCCUCGUCUCUCCAGUCUUGACGGUCCAACAGUUCCUCCCACUCUUGGCCAACCACAGCACAGACUCCAAAUCUCCUUCAUCCAUCGUCAUCGCCUAUCCUUCCAUCCCGAAUUCACUCGCGCCUCCACGCCAAAUCCCAGAAUGUCUCGUGGCGUCCUCCCUCUCGGCGCUCGCGGCAUCCCUAAGACGAGAAAUCCAUGCCGCAAAGGCGAACAUUACCGUUUCGGAACUUAAGCUCGGAAACUUCGACAUGGGCUCCGUCGCCUCCUCUCGGACAGUGUACAACAACGCCUACCACCAUCACACCCCGGCCAGCAGCACUAGCCCUCACUAUCAAUCAGCAGCCUCGGCAUCGUCGUCUUCAGCCAUGACGCAUUGGCACUCUUCCCAACGAGCCGCCCUGCAACGCAAGAGCCUCGGCCAACGCAGUUUCGUGCGCGGCUCGUCGGCCCGAGAAUUCCACAACGCCGUCUUCGACGCCCUUGCUCCGCCGCAGACGUUCAAAGCAUUCGGCCGCUUCGAGUGGACUGCCUCUCAACGGCCCCAACUCGUCUUCGUCGGCAGUGGAGCCAGAUUGUACGAUAUUGCCGGACGCAUUCUGCCGAAUGGCCUCGUGGCAUAUAUGAUGGGCUAUCGAAAACAAGCCGAUGAAGAGGCUGGCCGUGGACUGGGCAGAAUGUUUCAUCCAAGGACCGAACCGUCUGCUACGGAAUCGGGUUUGGCUUCAAGCGAAAGGGGAGCUGGAGCUGGAGCUGGGACCGGCACCGGAACUCCUACUGCGGCAGCCCAGUCUAGUACGUGGGGAUUCGGCUCUGUUGGCAGCGAGAGCGGAAUCUGGGAAAAAGUCUAA